GAUCCUCCAAGGUCAAGCCCUGGAGGGAUAUAAGGCGGACCUCACCUACCUUGUCAGUAGUGUUGUCGCGAAGGGUAAGGGAAGACUGUGUAAGCUUUUAUUUGGCAUUUCAAAGGCAUUUCCCCAUAUCCCUGUGACCACAUUAUCAAAAGGAAAUUUCCGUGGCCGACACUGACUUCGGAGAGAGGAGGAGAGAGAGAUUGUGUUCCUUUUAGCACUAAUCUGGGAAUAAGCUUGCUUGCCGAAGAAUCUCUCGCUGUUGGUGCUGUGAUUCGUUAGUGAUUUUCUUUUUCAUUCUUUAUCGGGUUUAAAGAUGUCCUAAUUUAUGUAGUGACAAAGACUUUAUCCGUGGACCAGAAGAACAAAACAGAACAAAUUUGAAAACUCCUUGGUUGUGAAGUGAUUAGAGAAACAGAAGAGGAGAAGGAAAGCACAAAGAGACACAGAGAGAGAGAAGAGGAUAAAAGAGAAAUAGUAAACAAAUGCAUCAAGAAAACAUCAAAGCAAACUAGAGGCCAAAGACGAAGAACUCUACCCUCCCAGACUCCCCCUCCCCCUUACAUAUCCUUACCCUCCCUUCCUACCCCUUCCCUCCCCCCUACCAUCACUCCUCUGUGCUCGGAGACAUUCCAAGAAACUCACAUUCAACGUUGCCGAGAUGUGGUCUGGUUCGGUUGCCAAUGGGCCUGUCAGCGGCAAACAUGGACCCCUUGUGGGCGCUGUGGAUCAGGGGACCUCAUCGACGCGCUUUCUGGUGUUUGCAGCAGGGACGGGUGAAGUGCUCACCUACCACCAAGAGGAGGUGGCGCAGCUCUACCCCAAGGAGGGCUGGGUGGAACAAGACCCAAUGGCUUUGCUCAAGUCUGUACUUACCUGCAUUGAAAAGACAGUAGAGAACCUCAGGACCUUAGAGAUAGACCCAGCAGACAUUAAGGCAGUAGGCAUUACUAACCAGCGGGAAACGACAGUGGUCUGGGACAAGAGAACAGGGCAACCUCUUGCAAAUGCUGUUGUCUGGCUAGAUGCCCGCACAGCAUCCACGGUGGAGGAGGUACUUAAGGAGACUCCAGGCCAGAGUCAGGACUACUUGCGAGACCUGUGUGGUUUGCCCAUCACUACUUACUUCUCAGCUCUGAAACUGCGCUGGCUCCUUGAUAAUGUAAAGGAGGUGAAGCAAGCAUGUGAUGAGGGGAACCUGCUUUUUGGAACAGUUGACACCUGGCUCUUGUGGAACUUGACAGGGGCCUUAGAUGGGGGAUUACAUGUUACAGAUGUGACAAAUGCAUCACGAACAAUGCUCAUGAAUAUCAGGGACCUAAAAUGGGACCCCAAUCUCUGCAAAUUCUUUAAAAUUCCAAUGUCUGUAUUACCUGAGAUCCGCAGCAGUUCAGAGGUAUAUGGAUACAUUACUCAGGGUCCUCUCCUUGGGGUUCCAAUAUCUGGGGUUUUAGGUGAUCAGCAGGCUGCUCUGGUGGGUCAGAUGUGCCUGCAAAGUGGACAGGCAAAGAAUACUUACGGAACUGGAUGUUUCCUCCUCUACAAUACUGGUACACAGAUUGUGCUGAGUGAGCAUGGGUUGCUGACAACAGUAGCCUAUAAGCUGGGCAAGGGAGCCCCCACCACCUAUGCCCUUGAGGGAUCAGUGGCCAUUGCUGGGGCAGCUGUACGCUGGCUCAGGGACAACCUCAAUUUAAUCAAGAAUUCAGCUGACAUUGAGCCCCUGGCUAAGACGGUCAAGGACUCUGGGGGCGUAUACUUCGUGCCAGCAUUCUCAGGACUCUUUGCUCCCUACUGGAGGACAGAUGCAAGAGGGACCAUCUGCGGACUCACGCAGGGGAGCACCGGAGCCCACUUGGCUCGGGCGGCACUGGAGGCUGUGUGCUUCCAGACGCGAGAGAUCCUGGACUCCAUGCAGAAGGACUCGGGUAUCGUGCUUAACAAACUGCAGGUCGACGGGGGGAUGACUGCCAACAACACCCUGCUCCAGUUACAGGCUGACAUUGCUGGUGUCCCAGUUGCUCGACCAAGCAUGACAGAGACCACAGCCCUGGGAGCAGCCAUGGCUGCAGGGGCUGCUGAAGGCAUUGCCAUUUGGGACCUAACCAAACUCACACCUCUCACCACAGAUGACUUCACUCCAUCUAUAUUGCCUGAAGAGCGAGAACGGCGCUACGAGAGAUGGUGCAUGGCAGUGGAGCGCUGUAUGGGGUGGGAGCUCCCCCGGGAGAAACAGCCUGGACCAGACCAAGAGUACCGUCUGUUAUCCUCUGUUCCGCCUGGGCUCUUCAUCUUGUCCUCGUUCUUCGUGCUCAUGAUAGCCAACCACCUACACGUCCCAUCAUGACACCAGCGCGUAAAGGAACACCUCGUCCGCCACCCUGGUCCUCGUCGUUCUUGUUCUGCCUCAGUCCUUUUCCAUGUUUUUCUUUUAAAUUCUUUCUCUUCUCCUUUUUUAGCCCCAGUCUUCUUUGUCUUUUUUAUUACUCUCCUUCCCUCAGCCCAUCUCCCUUCUCCCCAAGAGGGUGGAACUUCAUUAGAAUUCCUUUCAUUUCACAAAUCUCUUUACUUGAACUCUUCCUCCUUGCCUCACUUCCCCACCCUCCACCCAGUAUCUCCAAGGCCAUGGGAUUCCAUCCGGCUUCCCAUCAAUCUGCCUUGUAACUGUAGCAUUUCUAGUCUGGCCUCCCCCGCGUGCAGCCUGCAGCGCCUCCCUGUUGGUGAACGUUAAUGGCCGAUUCUCAUAAUGGUGCUUGUGGUUGGUCACAGUAGGGAUUAAUGGGUUAGUAGGUUGGUUUGCCAUUUAGGUCAGGUAAUCAUUUGUCAUUUGAUUUUGCUAUUAUUGAUAGUGUGCUGCUGUAUUUAUGUUAAUCAUUAUUAUUGUUAUUGUUAUUUUCACAUUUUCAUUUUUUUUAAUGAUUUUUAAGGACUACUAUUAUUAUCAAUCAUAUGAUUAUUGUUAUGAUUUUUCUUCAGCAUUUUUAUUGUCAUUUGUUAUCAGCAUUACUAUUUUUAAACACUCAGUUUGAUUGAAUCUAAUGACUGACCAUUAGUUAGUACGUUAACAGUGAUCUCAUAUCAAUAAAAGAAAGUAUGAUGAUAAAAGAUAACUGCUUAUAUGAGAAAAGAAGCCCCCUCUCAAAAAAAAUCAUAUAUGAUAUAGCCAUUAAUUUCUGUAUGCUUGAGAGAGUGAAACAAUGAGUUGUAAUAGGAGAUUAGGUAUGAAUUAAAUAUGUUGAUUUUUUA